GGGCCGCUCUGCUGUCGGUGCCUGUUCCGCUCAACGAGAACUGCAGGGAGGCGUCCGCGGGGCCAGGAGACAGGCAGAGUGAGCCGAGACAUCCCCUGCGAGGAGGACACGAAGAAGAAGAAGGAGACGAAGAAGAAGAAGAAGGAGGAAACCACUGGAGAGUCUCUGCGCUCGCGGAUCAGUCGCAGUCUGCGGGUGCACUCCGCCUCCCGGCCGCCCCCCCCCCCUUCCUCCUGCGUGGGCGCGCGUGCGUGUGUUUACAAGCGUGCGAGACGAGCGUCAGGAACGAGGGAAGGAGAAGGACGAGAAGAAGAAGAGGAAGAAGGAUAAGAAGAAGGAGGAGGAUACAAGCCAAGGAAAGGAAGGAGGGAUGGUGGACAACUCCAACAGUAGCAAGGCGCAAAUGCCCAGUAUGUCACAAGAGCCUGGUGUGGCCUUUCCUCAGAGCACCUCUACAGGGGGGAUGAAGCUGGAGGCAGUGAUGGAGCAACUCCAGCGCCAACAGCAGGCUCGACUUGAAAUGGAGCGCAAGGAGAGGAAGCUGCGAGAGGCCCAUAUCAUGUAUGCCCAGCAGGUUGCUGCCCAGCAGGCCAUCCUGGCAGCCGCCCGGGCUUCUGGGGCCACGUUCAUGGGCAAAAGCCUGGCCGGAGUCAUCCCAGGAGGCGGGUUGCCUCCCCGGGUUUCCAAUCAGAGCAGUGUGGACUCCGAAAGAGAGGACGAUGAGGACAGAGGCCGUGAUUCGGGGGAUGAGGAUGACGACAAUGAGAUGAUGGAAGGAGACGAGGGCAGUGAUGAGGAUGAGGGAAGUGCCAGUGGUCUGGAGUUCCUUCGCAAGCAGACCCUCGCUUUGCAGCAAAGCGCCGCCCGCAUCCCUUCCCGUCCAUUUGGCAGCUACUCUGCUUCGGCCCCCCAGAGGGCUGCGUCGCCCCCUAUCAGAGUGAAGCAGGAACCUGACGAGGGCCUGUCUCCUGCCGGGCCUCACUCAGCUACCUCUCCUAAUGGACAGGCAGACUGGGGGUUUGAAGAUCACUUCAGACAGAAUGGCAGUGCAGGUUGGGCGGAUGAGGCCGACAGCAGCAGAGGGAGAGGAGAGGCCUCCAGAGACUUUGCAAAGUUGUAUGAGUUGGACAGUGACCCCAAAAGGAAGGAGUUUUUGGAUGAUCUCUUCACCUUUAUGCAGAAAAGAGGAACCCCUGUCAAUCGUAUCCCCAUCAUGGCAAAGCAGGUCCUGGAUCUGUACAUGCUGUACAAGCUUGUGACUGAGAAGGGGGGGCUGGUGGAGGUCAUCAACAAAAAGAUCUGGAGAGAAAUCACAAAGGGACUCAACCUUCCUACCUCCAUCACUAGUGCAGCCUUCACCCUACGCACACAGUACAUGAAAUACCUGUACCCCUAUGAGUGCGAGAGGAAAGGCCUUAGCUCCCCGGGUGAGCUCCAGGCCGCCAUCGACAGUAACCGGCGCGAAGGCCGUCGUCCGAGCUACAGCAGCAGCCUCUUCCGCUUCUCCCCCUCUCCAAGCACAGCCCCCCACAUCCUCUCCCCUCCCAAGAUGCACCUUUCAUCUCUGGGGCAUGGGACCUCUGCAGCCCUCAAUGGCCUGCAUGCCUCACCAGGACCCUCUCUGAAGAAAGAUGACCUGACCCCCUCCAUCAUGGCAGGGCGGUCCUCCAUGGCGCUGGCCCUGGGUCAGCACCAGGUUGCUGGAUUGGCAAGAGCCGCCACACUGGAGCAGUUGAGAGAAAAGCUGGAGACCGGCGUUGGAGGAGAGGGGCCAGAGAGGAAGAUGGCCCGUCUGGCAGAGGAGCAGCAGCGUCUGAUGCAGCAGGCUUUCCAACACAACCUGCUGGCUAUGGCAACCCAAAUGCCUAUGAACCUGCGUAUGGGAGCCCCCGUCAUCACCACUAGAGAUCAGAAGCAGCAGGAUAUGUCUCUUAGCAUCUCGACUAAUGGGAAUGCCAGCAUCACAGUCUCAGUGGAGGUCAAUGGCACAGUCUACUCAGGAACCCUGUUUGCCCACAAGUCUGCAGGAGGGCCUGCUGUCUCGGCUGCCGCUGCCACAGCCUCCCCUGCUGGAACCAGCACUAGCUUUGGCUUCUCUAUGCCGCCGGCUCAGACCCUCAGCCCCUCGUCCUCCUCAUCCUCCUCCAAGGGUCCUGGCUCGGCCGAGCCGGUCCCCAGCGGGUCACCUUGAUUCCAGCUGCCCUUUGUACCUGCUCCCCCGGCCUCUCUUCCACUGGGAGACCCUGCAUGAAUAUACAGUACAAUGAGAAACCAAUAAGAUUAACAAACUGUUGCACAACAAAUACCUCAUCAACCCUGUCAACGUCUUGGCUGUCCAAUCAUGAACACAGAGCCUGAGAAUAUUAUAUGACAACAUGUGCCCGAACGCACAGCUAUGCAUUUUACUCAACACACACACACACUCACACACACACAC